AUGAUGAUGCACCCGCCUUCUCUCCUGUUGAUGACAGGAUUCCUGCACCUUGCUUUGGCUAAUGGGGUUGACCAACUGUCCUGGGUCUACCGCAUGAAAUCCUUGGAGCCUGACAGCACUGGAGGGGAUUGUCCAGCUGAGUGUGACUGCCCUCCAACCUUUCCCAUUGCCAUGUACUGCAACAAGCGUAGCAUGAAACACAUGCCAUACAUCCCCUCUCGCAUGAAAUAUAUUUACCUUCAGCACAACCUAAUAACUGCAGUCUCAGACAAAGCAUUUAUAAAUGGCACCAACUUAGUGUGGGUCAUGUUGCAUGAGAACCAGAUUGCAGAGAUAGGGAAAAGGGCCUUUGCCAGUCUGGUGAACCUGGACCGCCUGUACUUGAGUGGCAACAACCUGACUGAGGUGCCAUCCAACCUUUCUCACUCUUUACGUAACUUACGUCUCAACCACAACAAAAUUGACAAGAUGUCACCCAAUGCUUUUGAAGGCAUGGAGAAUCUGACCACCUUGCUACUCAACCACAAUGCCAUCCAGGACAUGGGCAGCACUCUGAGGGGCCUGAAGUCCCUCACCUUACUCGAUCUGAGCAGAAACCAGUUGAAGAAAGUUCCAGAUAGCCUGCCUGCUAUGCUGCACUAGCUCUAUUUGGGCUCCAACUACAUUGACAUCAUCCCAGGGAACUUCCUUCACCAUUUCACCAACCUGCAGCAUGUGCACUUAUCUCACAGCCUAAUAGAUAAGGGCAUUCCACCGAACACUUUCAAUGUAAGUGGUAUAGUAGAACUGGACCUCUCCUUUAACAAACUGGAGAGUAUCCCAGCAGUUAGCACCAGCCUUGAACACCUCUAUCUACAAGCCAACCAAAUCAAAGAAUUUUCCCUGGGCAGUUUCUGCAGUGUGGUGGGUAACUUCUCCAAGCUAAAGGUCCUGCGUCUGGAAGGGAAUGAGAUCACGCGUAGGGAUGUCCCAUCUGACUCAGCAAUGUGCCUCCGCUUUGCCUCAGACAUCGCCCUGUAA